AUGAUAAAUACAGGAUUGGUGCCAGAUGAGAUCACUUUUCUUGGGGUCUUAUCAGCUUGUUGUCAUGGAGGUUUGGUUGAAGAUGGUCGUAAGUACUUUUCCUUAAUGACCUCUAAAUUCAAUCUUUUCCCUGAACUUAAACAUUACUCUUCCAUGGUGGACCUUCUAGGCAGGGCUGGUCUUUUGCAAGAAGCAGAAGAGCUUAUCCAUAGCAUGCCAAUCAAGGCAGAUGCUGUGGUGUGGGGUGCAUUAUUCUUUGCUUGUUAUAUUCAUAAAAUGGAAUCACAUAUGUGGGAGGAGGCAGAGAAGGCACAAAGUAUGAUGAAGGAGAGAGGAGUUGAGAAAACUCCUGGUUGUAGCUCAAUUGAGGUGAAUGGCGCUGUACAUGAGUUUAUUGUUAGAGACAAAUCGCACCCUCAGUCGAAACAGAUAUAUGAUUGUUUGGUUGAGUUAACAAGACAAAUGGAGCUUGUUGGCAGCAUAUCAGAAGUUUCCUGCAUUUUGGGAAAAUUCCACCUUGGUGCUGAAUUUUAUGCCACAAGUUUGAGUCAGCAGGGUUCUUACAAGGAAAACAUGGUAGCUGUUCUUAAGCAGCACCAAAAUGUUCUGAAGGUUGCUAGCCAAGUACAUCUCAGUUCCAUCCUAUGCCAAGGUAUUGGAAAUUUCUCGAUGUGCUUUUCGUGA